GACCAAUCAGGCGAUGGAGGGGGCGUUCCUAAAGCGUCGUCAUCAUUAUCCCCUGAUUCUCGAAGCACAACAAACCCGGCGAUUUACCCGCAUGAAAACAAAACGCACAAAGUAAAGAACGACACACAGAAGUAGUCAGCUAUGGGGAAGUCCCAGUCAUGCUUGCCCAAGCACAAAGACGACUGUCAGGACGCGUUGACGACAAACACAGAGUAUGGUGAGAACCACACGCAGGAGGAUGGAAGGAAUGGAGAGGUGUCACAGUUCCCCUAUGUGGAGUUCACUGGACGGGACAGCGUCACUUGUCCCACCUGCCAGGGCACCGGGCGAAUCCCACGAGGUCAGGAGAAUCAGCUGGUGGCUCUGAUUCCAUACAGCGACCAAAGACUGAGGCCCAGCAGGACAAAGCUUUAUGUGAUGAUUUCGGUGAGUGUUUGCCUGCUGCUCUCUGGCCUGGCCGUCUUCUUCCUCUUCCCGCGCUCCAUCGACGUCUCCUACGUGGGCGUGAAGUCGGCCUACGUGGCCUACGACCACCAGAGACAAAUCAUCUAUCUCAACAUAACGGUAAUUGCUGAGCUGAUUCCAAUGGGAAUAGUUCAAUACGGGACAGAUCAAUGUCUGUCUUACCACACACAGCAUUCCCUAAACAUCAUCAAUAAUAACUACUACACCAUAUCCGUCACUAACAUCACCGCCCAAGUGGAGUUCUCCAAGACGGUGAUCGGCAAGGCAAAGUUCAACAACAGCACGGUGAUUGUACCACUGGGCCAGCAACAGCUCGACUACACAGUUCCCACCGUCAUUGCGGAGGAAUUAAAUUAUAUGUUCGACUACUGCACACUGCAGUCCAUCAGAGUGCACAACAUGGUGGUCAUGAUACAGGUUACCGUGACGACGUCAUACUUUGGCCACGCCGAGCAGGUCUCCCAGGAGAUGUACCAGUACGUGGACUGUGGGGGGAACACCACGUCCUUACACGGUCACAUGGAGGUCUUCUAAUGAGCGUCUACUCGUCACACAGAGAUCCCUCUGCUUCUUCUUAGCAGGAAGGUGGAGUACUUAAAAAGUCUAAAAGGCUGGUUUGGUAAGAUAUUGUUAAUAAUAAAAAGUGGACAUGAUGGCUGCUGUCCACGACAGAGUGGUAAAGUAAAAGCACUUGGUGAAAAAGAAAGAAACGGUACUCUGCACCACUUUUAACAAUAACCGAUUCAAUGUGCUGUUUCACUUUUAACCCUUUCAACUCAAAUGUUUAUGAAUGCCAGCUGGUCUGGACCACUAAACCCCCCCACUCUACUGUGACUCACUGUCGCCCACGGAGGAAUACGCUGGUACGACAAGCGUCACUGGCUUGACGACCACUUCCCAAAGUGUAGUUUUCAUUUGUGAACACCACAAUGAAGGAAGCUCUUUUCACUGAAGCUUUUGUGUAUUUUUUCCUCAUUCAUUUAAUAUGGACUGUUUUAUUGUGUUUUCUGUUCACUUUGUCAGUGUGAAUAUAAUGGAAAUGAUUGAUGAUGCUAGUGUAUUUUCUACUGACACCUGCUAAUAUCUUUCCAUUGAAAGUUGAAAGAGAAGGGUGAAGGUAUAUAUUUUUGAAAGAUGCGACACAUUUUGGAGUGUUGACUCUACAAAUGCGGCAUUUGAAUGCUGUCAUGUGUUUGGUAUUGUGGGCUCAUUUACAGUGUGAACGACUGUAUCUUACUAGAAGACUGACCUGUGACUAACUCGGAGCUUUCUCCCUUCCUUCAUGUUCCUUGAUGUGGCCGUAGCAUGAUGUUGUAAGAACACCUUGCCAUGCUUUCAUUGGAUUCAUUUGUGAUGCAAUAAGGAAAAUAUGUGUUUAGGUUUGAAAGCCUGAAGCUCAGAAUAAAAUCUUUUUGUUGUA